GAUAUGAUAUUCCAAUAAAAAUGAUAAGAAUGCACUUCGCUACAGGCACUAUUUUGUUUUUUCCCUUUGCGUGAUUUAUCGCAUCUGACGGUCUUGUGGUGAGCACUUGAGAGUUAUUAUACCGCGAUUGAAAUGUUUGAUAACUUACAAUGUCUACCAACUUUGUAAAUGCGUCGAAUUUAAGCUCCCAAAAUCACAACUCCUCAGCAGAUGAAUUUGAGAAGGAAAUUCAACGAAGUCAGAUCGGUUCAGUGAUCGCGUACUAUGUUAUGAUAGUGCUCUCACUGGUGGGUAAUACAGUGGUAAUCAAGGCCAUCAAAAGAAUCGGAAGAAACUUACGACGGCAAGUGCAUUAUCUUUUUAUUCUAAACCUUUCUGUGGCCGAUCUUCUGUUCGCUUUAGAAAUGGCACCCAUGAUCUAUGUUCAUAUGCUCUCAGGAGGAACUUGGCAUAUUCGCGGUCGCUUCGGAGAGUUUCUCUGCCAAUUUGACGUAUUUUUGUCUGCAGUUUUAAUUCUAACAUCAAAUCUGACGAUUUUAGCCAUCGCUGUGGAGAUGUUUUUGGGGAUAUUUUUCCCUUUGAAGACGCUCAUUUCGAAGAAAAGGGCGUAUUUUAUUAUUGCCGCCACGUGGUUUGUAAGCGGCUGUUAUGGCGCUCCGCUGUUUUCUUUUGCGCAUCUCAAAGCACAUGGCAUCGGUGACGCAGUUUGCUUCGUCGGCAUAACGAGCGAAGAGGUCGUGCAAUGGUUUAUAUUUCAAACAUUGCUGUUGGCGGCGGGAUUUGUAAUCACCUUAGCGUUGUAUUCAACAAUCGGUGUAAAACUAUGGCUCCUCAAAGCACCUGGAUUCCAAUUUCACGAGGUACAGAGAAAGGGACGGGCGAAAAAAGCUAAAGCUGUCAAAAUGUUAGCGAUGUUGGUAUUUGUUUUCUAUAUUUCAUUCAUACCAUUUUGGAUUCUACAGCUGUCUCUUCACUUCGGCUUCUACGACAAACUCACACCGCACUACAGAACCAUCUCAGCAUUCUUGAUGCUUUGUAACGGAACUGUGAACCCGGUCAUUUACAGCGCGUACAACAAGGAUAUUCGGGAUGAAUUCAAAUCCUUGAUCACUUGUAAGCCACCGCCGGAACGCACGCGUAGUCUAAUGGCUGUUUCCGCCAGAGCGAUAAAGAGGAAAAAAUAUGAGGAUUUAGAACAUAGAUCACCAGAUCAACAGUUACCUACGAAUGGUCUUGCUGUGAAAAUUAGCAGCCAUUCGACAGGAAUGCGGCCAGUUGCUGGUAAAAUAAACUUGGCUUGUAAUUUUGAAGAUACACCAUUGUAAUGUAAAAUUCAUUACCUCAACGAAAGUGAAAUUAAAAGAAUGACGUGACAUUACUGAAGUCACGCGAACAUUGAGACUUAUGUCAUGCGAUCUUAAUAGUCGCACGAAUACAAACAAACCUUCAUGUGAAAUAUUUUACUCAAAGAUUGUUAACACUUUUUUGGACUAAA